GCUCAAUUCUUCGAACUGCGCGAGGAGGCUACACAGAAUGGGCUGCAAGUCACCAACGAAGAAAUAUGGUACUCGAUAGUUGAGGGCCAUAACGCGAAGAACCGCGUUCCUGGAGUUGGUGACUACGAGCGGGAAAUGAGGAAGAUGAAUCCGUCCUCCAAACCUCGCCGUUCCAGCACGAGUAGUAGAAGCACAGCGGAGAUAUCAGCACUCAAAGAGCAAAACCAAAGGUUGCAGGAACAAAUUGAUAGUCUAACCUCGAACUUGUCACUGACGAUUCAAGAGGACCUAAGGAAGCUAUAUGGUGGUAACCUUCCUCGACGAGGUGAUGAUGAUGGAACAGGAGGGGCAGGGCAGCCCGGGAUUUGUUGAGACAUUUACGACCUUAGCUUCCUCCAUUUUAAACACUUGACACUAACAUUUUAAUAUUUGUUGUUAGAACAUAUUGAAUUAUGCUACAUUCGCAUUUGAAGUUUGCAUUAAUCUA